AUUCUCCAUGAAGGUGACAUAGUCGUCACGGUAUCUUCUGUCGGCCAUGAAUCUUCUUUUGAGUUGUAACAAGCGACGAAAGGCUGACUCACGGUUGUUAGGAAGAACAACAUUCGGAUUCUUCAGGGGCAGGGGCAGUUCAUAGUGGCCAUUUUCUAGUUGGGUAAUUCCUUCCCUGGCGAUAGCGAGGAAUCUUCUGUCUUCUUUUGAAAGCCCCGAUCCAGGAAUCGAAUUCUCUGAGAAGUCCCGUUCGAACAUUCGUGUCACUGCAAAAGGAUUUAUUUCUUCUUUAGUUUGGGAAUUGAGAACGAAGCUGCGGUUGCUACAGCGGCCAGUAUCAACUUCAUACGCAAGGAUUCGAUUACAAGACGACGCUAAAUGUUCUCCACAGUUCGGCUGGAUACCUUCUAACGGACUGACGGGACCAAUUAUUCCCCAUCCUAGGAGAGUGGGGACGGCAUAAGGGUCUUCUCCCUUACCCAAAAUAACUUCUUUAGGCUUGAUCGCCUUCGGACAGUUGCAGCCAAUUAGUAAUCCGAUUUCCAAGCUUUCUUGAUACGGCAUAAUCUUGUCUUUGAUCUUUUGGAGAUGUGGCCACACAGCUGCAACUUCAGGACUAGGAAUCUGGUCUCUUCUUGAUGGUAUCUGGUCUCUGGAGUACGUCCUGGGUAGCUCGACUUGAACGCGCUUGUCUAUCCUCUCAACUACUAGCCCAUCCACUCUGCAAACGUUGAUUUCUUCAAUUCCAAGCAUGGUACUGAGGAUAAGUUUCGAAUUAACCCCAGGGAUUCCAAGCUUAUCUUUCACGUCCGUUUUGAUAAACGUCGUGUCACUAGCGUCAUCCAAUAACGCAUAAACCUUGACUUUAAGUUCGGGGUGACUCUUACGAAACACAUAGACUGGGAUGAUUAAAGAGUUCGUUACAAUGCCUUGCCCACUCACAGCGCUACACACACCGACAUUGGGGUUGGAGAUUGUACUGUCGUCGUUCGCGACCUCUGCACUUACUUGAUGACUUUGGACCGGAUCGGGCCGAUAUGAUUCAGGAGUAUUCUGGUUGCUAGAUCUUUCUUUAUAGGUAGGGUCAUGAAGUGGAGUCGGAUGCUGCCUACCGCAUUUCUCGCAAUUUAACCUAGCUCGACAGUUCUUCGAUUGAUGACCCCUUUUCAGGCAUCCAAAGCAGAGGCCUUUCGAUCUAACCAGUGCCAGGCGCUCGUCAAUGCUCUUCCUGCUUAGUUCUCCGCACUUGUGAGGUGGGUGGUUACCGCCGCAGAAGACGCACGAACUUUGCUGUUUCGGCUCUUGCUCUGCAUUAGGCCUUCCUCUGCUCUCCCUAGGCGGGGUACGAGAGGAAAACGAUGCAAAACUGUUUGCUCCCUGACUUCUCAUUAUUCGGCUUCUGUCAGGCGCCUUGUUUUUUUUUUACUUUUCAACGCUUCGGGGAGAAAAACCGGAUCAUUUGCGAGAUCUGCUUCUUCUCUGACAAAUUCUACUAGAUCGUGGAAGGAUACCGUUCUCUCCGUUUUCUUCAGGACAUCACGUGCUUGGCGACACCACCUGGAGCCUGACUUGAAGGGUAGUUUUGUGCUUACUUCCUGUAGUAACCUUGUUGAAUUUAGAUCUUCCAUGUACUUCAUGGACUGCAUGGCUCCUUCACAACGGACAAGAAAAUCAGAGAGAUCUUGAAGACCGGAGCUAUCUCCUUCGACGAUCUGCGGCCAAUUUCGCAAUUUAGCCUUAUAAGCUUCCGCUACUCGAAAUGGGUUGCCGAAGCGCUGAGCCAAGAGCUUACGAGCUUCUUCAUAACCUUUGUCCGAAUCCCAGGUCAAGAAACCUUUCACAACUUCGUGGGCUUUGCCGGAAGUAUACUUGUUCAAAAAAUACAGUUUAUCCUUUUCUGAGUCAACUUUCUUAUCUAUCAUAGCAUCGAAAGCAGCUAUGAAUGUCGGAUAAUCGAAAUAACUUCCUUUAAAGACAGGCGGUUCUUGAGAAGGAAGCGUUCUAGCUCUUUGCUGGUUGACAAUUAGAGCGCUUAAUUCCGCUUGUUUCGCUUGGAGACUGACUAUUUGUUUAAGAGUCGCUUCUUGAUGUGUUGUCGGCUCGUCUCGCUUUGGAGCGAAAUUGUGAACUUGACUAGCUUCUCUUAUUGGCGGCGUCAACGGCGCGAAAGGAAGUGCUUCCGGUCUCAACAAUGAAGGUUCAUGUUUUAUGACAGUUUUUCCGACAUCGAAUUUAGCUUCGCGGAAAUUUCGUUCGAAUCUCUCAUCAGACUUCAUAUCUUCGCGAACUAUGCCAUUUUUCACUUCUUCGUUCAUAACCAAUUUGAUAGCUUCCUCUUCAGCAUCUGCUAAGGCGAUCUCUCUUUCCAGCUGAAUUCUUCUUAAAUUGGUUUCCUGAUCCAGGUACUUCAUUUCGACCUUUAGCUUCGCUGCUCUGGUCGCCGCCUCUACUCUCUUUGACAUGACCGACGACCUAGAAGAUCUUGAAGAACCUGAAACCCUUGAUCUUCCAGAACGGCUUGAUUCAGUUUCUUGCCUAUUAGAUUCGAAUUUUUCAUGCUCUCGUUGUUCGACUGAACGAAGGAUUUCGGACAGCCGCACUCGACAUUCGAUAAACUCCCGAUCGCACAAAUCGAAAUAUCGGUAAGCGGCACCUUUAGCGCUUUCAUCAUCAAGUAACUCGUCAUAAGAUCGGUAUGCCUGGUUAAGUUCCUCUUUAAUUACAUCCAGGAUUUGUCUUUCCUUUUCUAAUUCUUCGGUACCCGGGUGGGAGUCGAGCAAUGAGUAAAUUCUUCCUACAUGUUUACGCAAUUUGUUUUCCACUUCUUGUUUCUUUAAAGCGCGAAUUUCCAAUUGAUAGGCUCUGCCUUUGUCACUCAAAGUCCGCUCGUGCGGUUCUCUCAAAUUUGGAGGAUCGUGUUUCCUGCCACGAGGACUAUUGGCUUCGUCUAAACUAAGAUCUUUUAAAUCGCAUGGUUCAUUCGGAAUUUCAACUUCUGCUUGUUCCUUCUCCAAUGAGAGGAUCUUUCGAACUGUAGCUCGAGGCGAUCGACUACCACUAUCGCUCAUCCUCAACGAAUUUUAAUUCCAGCCAAAGGCGUCAAUUGGUGAUAUUUUACUGUUGCGGCAAACGAACAUCAAGGCUCGAUGAAAUACCAAGAAAAUCGUGACCGGAGAAAAAUGCCAACCAAAUCCAGGGGAUAUAUUACAGGGACAUAACUUUAAUCAAUCUCGUAAACUGUAAACGAAUUAAAAAAAAGGGACAUAUAAUAGAUUGUAUUCAAUUAAACACGUGGCGACUUAACAGCGUAAAUGAAUCUAACAUAAUAAAAGAACUAACAAAUGAACCAAAUGCUACGGCAAACACAAAAUAUAUAUACAAAUAAGGACGAAAGAGCUUGCUCGAAACGAGAUAAACAACAAAAAGGCGAAAACAACUUACAUAUCAGUCCCUAUACGCCGGUGGCUUGAAAUAACACUUUAUAAAUUAACUUUGUAUGCACUCCGAACAUGAACAGGCGAUUAAUGAAAGCGGGAGAGAAAAACUAUUUAAAGGAAUCAAAUGGCACAAAGGCCAACUGUAACGCAAAUGUCACGCAAGUUCGAAAGUCACGCAUUUACAAGACCAAUGAAGAUUACAAAGAUAAAGAAAGGUAGAAUGUGUUAGAUCUUUAAAUAAAAACUUUGAAUUGAUUUUUUUCCCCAGACAAUAACCUCACGCCAGCUUAUUGAGUUUGGAAUUGAGAUCUGCAAAGGAAUGGAUUAUAUCACUCAGAAAAAGAUUGUUCACAGAAAUCUUGCAGCAAAGAACUGCAUGUAAGUAUUUCUUAUCUAAGUUUACCUUGUGUUUCAUAUAGUUGCCUUUUAUCUUAGUUUUCUUCUUUUUUGCGAAGAAUGUAGAUGAUUCAGGUUUGUAAUGAUCAGGAAAAUAAAGAUUUUUCAAACAUUUGCACCCUAUCUUAUAGGCAAUCUAAUUUUAAUAGUUUUCACUUUGCAAUUGAUAGUCACAUGCCUUAGUUUACUGCUGGCGUACAGAGGCUGUUGCUCUGACUGAGUAUUUGGGUUAAUAUAUUUCCCUGCAUUUUGAGAUGAUGAUUUAUAAAAUAAUUAAGAAGGGAUUAGGUUUUCCAUCUCAGGAAAUCAGACUUAUCUGAAAGUGUUUUCCUUUAGUGUCAAUGAUGAUUUGAGUAUCAAGAUCACUGACUUCAGUUUGGCCAGAGAUGUGAACACAACAAACUUGAAUGACAAGGGAAUACGGUCCAGAUUACUUGUCAAAUGGACAGCACUUGAGGGUUUAGCAGAGGAGGGUCAAUUUUCAGAAAAAAGUGAUGUGGUAUGUUUCAUUUCUUUUUCACUCUUUGAAGAAAAAUUUGGUUUUGCCUGGCUUGUCAAAAUUAGGACUCUUAAUUUAUAUUGCAAGCGCUCAGCUGGUGGUUCAUCAUUAACUUUAAACAUUGCAUAAAGAUUAAACCCUUUAGGAAGAGAUGAAUUUGAAAAUUGUACUUGCAAGUUAAGAACAAAUCAGUGUGCUUAUUCUACACAGUGUUCUGUAUACAUUUCCGAUAGAACUGCAUAAGAGAAUUUCUUUAACAAUAAAGAACUACAUAAGUUAGUGAUUAUUUAUUUUUUAUUCUCAUGACCCUGAUGUUUGGUUUAGUGGUUAUACACUGAGGAGAAUUUGGAUGCUUAUCACUCUUAGGGAUUAAAUUCUUAUGAGUGGCUUACAGAGGAAUAUAUCACCAUUAGUAAAGAGAAUUUGCUUGUAGAACAUGGAAAGGAAUCAGGGAUACUUGAGCAAUUGUUAUCACAAUGACAUUGACUUUGCACAACAGCAACAGAUUUUACAGGUUGUGAUUUAUUCCUUCACAGUGGUCAUUUGGAGUUGUUUUAUGGGAGAUUGUACCUCUUGCUAAGGCACCGUAUCAAGCUAUUGACAGUUCAAAAAUGGAGCAGCAUCUG